AUGGAUGAACAUUCCGAGAGUGCUCUACACUAUGGGCACACAGGAAGAGCUGUAUAUCAGCCAGAUACACAUUCCUGGUCCUUUGCUCGCUCAUUUACACGGCCUUCCUUAAUCUCAAAUACCGGGUUGACUCGAACAACAGUCCCGUCACCACUGGCCGCAGUCCAACGUCAGCGUUUUAUCGAGCAUCUACCAUCCUCAGGACAGGGCCUGAUUCCGAAAGUUCUCCCUGACCUGGCAUCAGAUUGGUCCUCUGUGCGGAACGAUGCGUUUUCAAGAGUAGUCGCCAAUACGAUCAAGUCUUACGACCCUCAAGCCUCUACCUUACUCGAUCUUGGAUAUGCCGAUCCCGCUCUGGAGAAUCUGAAUGCUCGGCAGACUGUUGCUAUUGCUGCUGCUGUGACCGGAGAAUGCGGCAAUAUAAUUACGUUCCGAGUACUGGAAGAAGAUCACGUGCAACUAGAUGACGACCACCCACUGCGUAUCCCAUGUAUCAGCGACGACGACGACGACGACGCCGAAUGGUCGAGACGAGGAGCUCCAAUCCUCCAAGUCUGCUUUGCGCGAUCCUUAGAGGAGAGACCGCACUGGAUGGCCGCUCGGUUACCAGACGUAACAGUGAUAUUUCGCCCUCGUUUAUACCGUCGCGAAGCUGUGCCGACAUACGUUCCCGAAAGCGAUAUUGCAGAGUUUGCAGUACCACGGCGGAAUUCCCCGCUCGAUGCAAAUCCAGUAUUGGAAAUAUCAGUCAUGCAGACUGGAGGUGCGCCGCAUGCUGAUGUUACGUUCAACCCUUGGUAUCCUCGUCAAUUUGGCAUCAUCGACACGGAGGGUUAUUGGACUAUCUGGGAGAUUACGGGCCACCCUCGAAAACGGAAGUCGGCAUUUGCGGCGAAAUGUUUGAAGAGAGGCUCGCUGCCUUGGAUGGAUCAGUUUCAGGAUCCGAACGGGCCUCAGUAUGAUGGAUGGGCAUCGAUCGAGUGGGUCGGUGAUGUGUCAACGGUCCUUGUCUCUGAUCGUCGUUGCGUUAUGGUUUCUUCAAUAAUCGGAGAUGAGACUCGAGCUUACCCGGUUAAAUUGGGUCUGUCUUUACAGUCAGAAUGGGUCCUGGAUGUACUCAGAAGUGCACAAAACACAUCACAUUUCUUCGUCCUCACGACCACUCGAUUGCUCUGGUUUGAUAUGGCCGAUGCACAGCCAAAUAGAGGCGGAGAGACGCCAUCCCUGGGAGCCCGGCUGGCCUGGCGUCACUUCCGAGAUCCUGAGGACCUCACAUUACGCCUUAGUAGUGUGCAGAUGGGGAACCAUCUACAGAUCGUCCUUUACUCCCGCCUCGCCACGCUCGUGCAGACGUUUCAAGUCCCCGUGGUAAACGAGGAACAGACAGAGUCUGGUUCUGCACCUGACUCUGUCAUGCUCGAUAUCCCAUCCGCAAUGGAGGUAUCUUCGCUCGGGGAAAUUUCUCACACCCCCUAUUCAACCUUUGUCUUCCGACAAGUUGGCUACGCUCCCAUCAACCCAGCUAUUACAGAGUACAAUACCAACAUGACUCUCGUCAAAUUAUUCUGGUCCGACUCAACCUUCGCCGUGCACGAAACUCUAUUUCGAAGCGCAGAUGCAAAGACCGAGGAGCAUGAUGACCUCGCCGAGGAGAGCCAUGAAAGCCAUGUCCUACAUCUGAGAAAGAAGUUACCUAAGUUACGUUCGAAGAUGAAAGACGACGAUGAUAUUGACAAAUUUAUUGUCGAUGACUGGGAUGAAUCUACCGUCGCUCCCCCACGCGCGGGUAUUCAGAACAGGCUCUCAAGAAAGAGCGACACCUCAUUCGAUUCGCAGUGGACAUUAGACAUGACUACUAUAUACGAAGCUGCGGUGGCCGAUUUGCUAGCCGGUACAACUAAGAGUGAUUCCGAAUCGCUCAAUCUACGGCCCACUCUCACCCAGUUGACCAGGGGGCUGCAAAACAAUACGCUGAGUACACUUACCGAGUGGAACACCACUGAAACAUUGCUCGAGUUAUGCGACGGCCGCCCCCUACUUGAUGAUAUCGACCAGGGCGCCGAGGAUCUAGCCGGACUAGUCGCAACUGCCCUGAGAUUCCAGGAUACCGAAACCCAGAGAAGCUUCAUGGUUUUACCGCUACAUUUCUCGAAAUUGUUUCAUGGUGUUCUCAAUGUAACCCAGGGAGCCCACUCCGGAGCCCGCUCCGGAUUAGAUUUCCUGGAUACAUAUGAACAGCUUGUUACUGAUUGGGUGACCAGUCUUCCCCAUGGAAAACAAGGCAUACCCGACCAAACCCGAAUUCUCAAAGAGAAAAUGAUUCGCCAGAUAACUCUCGACCUCUGCCUAGCACGCCUUGUUCGGAUUUCCAAUCCAACUGACAUGGCGGCCCGGGCCGUGGCCAUCGAAUCGACAAGCCAACGCCAACCUGCCCUGAAACCAACGAAGACAUCCUCGGGAACUGCUAUCUCAUUACUCUCCUCUCAGAGGGAAUUACCAAGCAGUCAGAUAUUACCUAGCUCCCAGGUACUCCCAAGCUCAGCGCCCUCGACCGAGAAACCUUCCAAGAAAGACAACCAAAAACGACUAUACAGCAACCUGGCCGCAUUCACAACCCUCCGAGAACCACGUCAACCCCGAAACGUAGCCAUGCUCUUAUCUCACUGGACGCCCGGCACAGACCCAUCAACCUACGAAUGGAACAAAACAUCCCAAAUGCUAGAAAACGAAGAAAGCCAGCGAAUGUCCGGCCCAGGAACCCCACGAAGCCAAAGCAAGCGAUCCCGAUCUCGAUCAAAAUCAGCCGCGCCAGAUGUUGAAGCUGCAGCUACACCUACAUCUACAUCUACAACGGCCCUGCCAAUAACCCUCCCACCUACACCCGUCGCACCCAUGAUCCGAGCAAGAGCAAGUCAACCCAGCUGGCCAGUGAUGGCCCUCACUUCCUCGCUACCGAUGACUAGCAGUCAAACGGUCAUUGAUGAAGAGCCAAUGACUCAAAUCGAACCAGGACCGUUCGGGACACGCGAGAGUCUAAAAAAUACGUCUAAGGCGAAGAAGAAGAGGCGGGCUGCUGGAUUCUAG